AGCAAGGGUAUAUUUAAACGUUUGGACCAAUCAGAAUUGACAAGGGUAGGUACGAUUUCAAUGUGACGCCGGCAAAGAACUCGACGUCAUCCUACUUAGUCAUUCCACCCCCAAGAGAGACUUGUACAUACUUCUCGUUCUUGUAUUUUUCGGUCUGGCGCCGAAAGAAUUGACGAGACAAUUUUACCAUCAUGUUACUUGAUUCUGUUGUAUGUAGGUGAUUUUACAAUUCCUCGUUGCCUCGGUUACAAUUCCCCUUUCUACUCGCAAGCUAGGUAUAGCUAUUAUACCUCACCAUCAUGUCCAUUAGCACUUUCAUCGCCAGAUAGUGAGCGACCAACCAUACCACCAUGGCGGGCGAAUCCUCCACCACCAACAAACCUCGGGUGACCUUCCUCACCGGUAUGCGCCAUCACCACUACGGUUUCCCACCCGAAGCUUUCGAUUACACGAAACUACCCGACUACGACCGCGAAUUUCUCCCUCCCGAACACCUCGCCGCCUUCGCGGCCGCCCUAAGCGCUCCCGACCCAAUAAACAAUCCCUCCGAAGACACAGCGCUACUACGAAGUCCCGCUACUAGAAGUACAGGCAGUCUCGAACUGACGCGGUCAGGAUCUAUAGCAUCCGUCGACGCCACAGGCUUUCCCGAAGGAGCGGCUGGACAAAAUGGACCUCAAAGUGGCAUGUUCAUCACAGCGCAAAACGACUGGGCACCCGUUAACCAGAAGAUAUCGAAACACGGACGACGCAAACGGCGGAAGAAGACUGCGCUUGGUCGACGGACCGUCGAUGAAACAAGGGAAGGGUAUCUAUACGGGUUGCUCAAGUGGCCGUUUCUCCUGUUCGUCGGGAUGUGGAUACUUGGGCUCGGCGCUUCGUAUCUCUGGACUCGACUUUACAUUUUCUUAUACGAGCAUUUUAUAGCUUGGAGAGGGAAACGGGAGACGUUGCGUCGGAAUAUGCGUGCGACGAGUAGUUAUAGGGAUUGGGUCAAGGCGGCGAAGGAGAUGGAUGCGUUUCUGGGGAAUCAGCAGUGGAAGGAGGAGAAUGAGUUCGCGUACUAUGAUUCUAAGACCGUUAGCCGUGUCUGGGAUCAGCUUCGCAAACAUAGGAAGGCUGCGGAGGCUCUAGAGGCGAAAGGGGCUGGUGCGCCUGGGUAUGAGAAUGGAGAGGGGUCGGGUGAAACUGAGAAUCGAAAGGUUGUUGAAGAGUUGAAGGCGUUGACCGAAGCUUGUGUGAAGAAUAAUUUCGUUGGUGUUGAGAGUCCACGGCUCUACAGCCAGACGUACUACGGGACUAAGAAUUUGGUCCAGAAUUUCGUGGAUGAAGUGGAGAAAAGCACUCGCUUCUUGGUCAAUACCAGGUUAAUACCCAUCGAAGAGAAACGUGCACUAUUUAAGCGAAUGCACGCGAACUUUGGACGUACUGCGUUGUGUCUAUCGGGCGGAGCCUCUUUCGCAUACUAUCAUUUCGGCGUAGUGAAAGCCUGCCUCGAGGCGGACUUAAUACCGGAUGUCAUUACCGGCACUAGUGGUGGCGCUCUGGUAGCAUCUCUUGUCGCAACGCGGACAAACGACGAGCUGAAGCAGUUAUUAAUACCCGCAUUGUCACAUAAGAUUAAGGCUUGCUCCGAACCGAUCAGCACAUGGCUCCCUAGAUGGUGGAAGACCGGUGCGAGAUUCGACUCGGUGGAUUGGGCUCGCCAAUCGAGUUGGUGGUCUCGCGGCUCUAUGACAUUUAGAGAAGCUUAUCAGAGGACGGGACGUAUAUUAAACAUUUCUUGCGUUCCGGCUGAUCCACAUUCGCCGACUAUACUAUGCAAUUACCUUACCUCUCCAGAUUGUGUGAUCUGGUCGGCAGUCUUGGCGUCUGCUGCAGUUCCUGGGAUACAAAACCCAGUGGUUCUCAUGAUGAAGAAUCGGGACGGAUCGUUGGUGCCGUAUUCAUUCGGUCACAAAUGGAAGGAUGGCAGUUUGCGCACUGACAUACCCAUUAAGGCGCUCAACUUACAUUUUAACGUUAACUUUACGAUCGUUAGUCAGGUCAAUCCUCAUAUUUCUCUUUUCUUUUUUUCCUCCAGGGGCACAGUAGGCUCUCCGGUAACACACCGAAAGGGUCGUGGAUGGCGGGGUGGUUACUUAGGUUCUGCCACUGAGCAGUAUAUCAAGCUGGACCUUACAAAAUGGCUUAAGGUGCUAAAGCAUUUGGAACUACUCCCGCGGCCACUGGGCCAAGAUUGGUCGCAGCUGUGGCUGCAGCAGUUUAGUGGGACAAUAACGAUUUGGCCACAGGCCAAGACAAGCGAUUUUUUCAACAUCUUAGCGGACCCCGAUGCCGAUCGAUUGGCUCGUAUGAUCCAUGAGGGACAGCAGAGUGCGUUCCCGAAAUUGAAGUUUAUUGGUAAUAGGCUUAAGAUCGAGCGAUUGAUCGAGAAAGGCAGAAGGGAAACAUUAUCUGGGGUUAGGAGGGGAAGUAUUGAAAGUAUUAUCGAUGAAGAGGACUUAAGGGGUUUAUUGAGGGGAAGUAGUGGGACUACAGAUGAGGAGACUACGGAGGCGGAGGCAGAAGAGAUUGAUGAAGAAGUGGUGGAAGAUGGCGAUUUUGAAGACACCGUAGAAAAUGCGAGUGAUCUGGGGAUUAUGGAAAAUACUAACGAUACUAAAGAGGAGUAGAAAAUGUGGCGUCUCGUCUGCUAUUUCAACAUCCCGGUACUCAUUGUUUAUUGGGGGCGUGGGGGGGUAUAUAUAGGAGGUAGUUAGACGGAUCCCUACGGCCAGGCGGAGCCAAGUAGAAGAUAUAUAUAUAUAUAAUAUGAAACCUUUAGCACACAGUG